GAUUUCAGUUUUUCAUACGAUCCUCAGGAGGAACCACUUCCUCCGAGAUUUCCGAUUAAUCAGAAAAUUUUGUCAACAGAAGAAGCUGUAUAAAACUAUAUUAUUAUGGCAGAUUUCUCCCAUCUUGUGACUUCAAAAGUUAACAUCGGUCUUGUUCAAGAACUGGCAUGUAAUGAACUUCUUAAUAUACUUGAUAAAUGUGAAGGAACAAAGGUUUUAAUGUGGGAUGAAUCUCUAACAGGUCCAACAAGUCUAAUUGCUAAGCCAUCGCUUCUAAAAGAGCGAAACGUUGUAAAAAUGUUUCCAAUCAAACCUGGCGAUUUACCAAAUGUCGAAGUACGAAAUUUUAUUUUCAUAACUAGACCAAAUUUACAACUGAUGAAUGCAAUCGCAUCAAAUAUCCAUAGCGAAGAGCGAAAAAGUAAAGUUUAUUCUAAGAAUUUUCAUCUUUACUUCAUGCCAGCCAAGUCGCUCCUUUGUGAAGAUCAAUUAAAAUUGAAAGGCGUCUUGGGAUCAUUUCAAGUAAUUGAUAAUUUCAAAUGUCAGCUGUUUCCGUUUGAUAGUGAUGUCGUUUCUAUGGAGUAUUGUGAUGCAUACAAAGAGCUAUAUAUUGAAGGAGAUCUCACUUGUUUGCACCAAUCAGCAGCAGCUCUCUGCACAUUACAAAAGCUUUAUGGAAAAAUCCCGAAGAUUGUCGGCAAAGGAAGAUUUGCUGAAAAAGUUAAGGAGCUUGUGAAAACAAUGACAUUUAAUGAGAAUGUUGGAGGAAACGACAAAGGUUCCAUUGAUCAACUGAUUAUUUUAGACAGAUCGAUAGACAUUUUAAGCGCUCUCGCAACUCAACUCACUUAUGAAGGUCUCAUAGAUGAAUUCUAUGGAAUUAAUAAUACAACAGUGUCGUUUCCGGCAGAAAAAUUUGCUUCACCAUCCGAAGAUAUUAAUUUUAGCAGAGUAGCUACGUCAUCUGAAAAGAAACAAAUUAUGUUAAAUUCUAGAGAAGAAUUAUAUGUUGAGCUGCGUGAUAAAAACUUCAACGCUGUAGGAAGAGUCUUGUCGAGAUUAGCUAAAUUUAUAACGUCUGCUGCUAAUGAACGUCACGGUGAGAAAACAAUUCAAGAGCUGAAAAAAAUUGUUGAAACUCUGCCAAAGUUUAAAGCUAACGAAACAUCAUUUUCAACUCACACAACGAUUGCAACUCUCAUUAAAGAUCACAUUUCGCAAUAUGAAUUUCUAGACGAAUUGUCAUGCGAACAGCAUUUCAUGAUGUGUGUUGAUUUAGAUAAAUCAAAUGAUUACAUCGAAAACAUGAUUUACAAACAAAAACCAAUUGAAAAAGUUUUGAGAUUGAUAUGUAUGCAGAGUGCCGCUGGAAAUGGGUUAAAGCAAAAGGUUUUGGAUAGCUACAAAAAGGAAAUCAUUCAUUCAUAUGGAAUGGAUUCUCUUUUAAAAUUAGGAAAACUUGAGAAAUCUGGAUUGAUAAGAAUACAGUCAGGAAGUCGUUCAUACAAUAUUUUAAGGAAAACCCUUAAUCUAACAGUCGAGGAUUUUGAAGAUUUUCAAGAAGUUACUCCAAAGGAUAUCAGUUAUGUUCACAGUUUCUACGCGCCACUUUCCAUCAGAAUUAUUGAGCAUUCAAUGAAACCUUUAGGUUGGAGUGGCCUCAAUGAUAUUCUUUCAUGCAUUCCAGAACCAUCUUUUGAAGACUACCAGAUGACAAACAUUUCAUCAUCGGGAAGAAGAGAUUCACUAGUCAGUGAGAUAUCACAGUCAGAUAUACCCAAAGUUAUUUUAGUUUUCUUUAUUGGUGGAUGCACUUUUGCUGAGAUUUCAGCAUUGAGAUUUCUCUCACAACAAGAGGAAAAUAAUGUGGAAUUUGUUAUAGUGACAACAAAAAUUAUUAACAAGAAUACAUUUAUAUCAAGUAUAAUUAACCAAUAAUGCAAUGAACAUAUAUUCAUAUAAUAUGCUUAAGUUUAUGUUGAUAUAAAUACCUAAAUAAACGAAAUUUAUAACGGAAAGAAAAACUUUAAA